CGCCGACACAAUGAAGAUGUCAAAGUUGUCCAAUCAGACGAACUCGCAGGAUCCGCAGGCGGUGAAUUCGCGCAUUUUUGUGGGCAAUUUGAAUACGUUCCAGUGUUCGAAGACAGAUGUGGAACGCAUGUUUCAGAUCUAUGGACGGUUGGCGGGCAUAUCAAUGCAUAAGGGCUAUGCAUUUGUGCAGUUCACAAAUCCGUUUGAUGCACGCAACGCUUGCCAUGGCGAGGAUGGGCGCACGGUGCUGAGCCAAACGUUGGAUGUCAAUAUGGUUGCUGAGCCCAAACCACAUCAGAUCGGUAGAAAGCGACAGAAUGUGUCCAAAACUGGAAAUGAUUGGGACUACUUCUAUGACAGCUACUGCUCGUCGGCGCUGCUCCGUUCAUCUGGCGUCCGUCCGAAAAAGCGUAAACGCCUAAUGACAACCACAUCGCGAAUGCUCAGCGAUGCAGUGAAUAGCAGCAACAUAAAUGCUGCUGUCGCUGCGGCUGCACUGGCCCAACAACAGCAGCAGUUGCAUCAACAGCAACAACAACAGCAGCAGCAGCAAACCUCCCACUUGUUGCCCCAUCCGCACCACCAUCAGCAGCAAGUGCAACAGCAACACCAGCACCAACAUCAACAUCAACAUCAACAACAACAACAGCAUCAACAACAAGUGGCCGCUGUAGCCAUGGCCGCUAUGACAGCCAAUUUGUUGCCACAGCAACAAUUGUUGCUACAUCAGCACCAGCAUAGCUUGUUGGGCAAUGCUAAUAGUGCGGCAGCAGCCGCCGCCGCAGCCGCUGCAGCAGCGGCCACAUGCAAUGGCGUUACAGGAGGAGGUGGUGGUGGUGGUGGCGCCUCUGCCAAUGCGGCUCAGCACAAUCUCAACGUGUUCUUGCAACAACAACAGCAACUUAAGCAGCAACAGCAACAGGCGGCGGCAGCGGUCAGCCAGUACACAUUGUCGGCCGCAGCAGCGGCGGCAGGUGGUUUACAAUUGAAAUCGUCGUCCGUGCAAAAUGCUACGUCGGCAAUAAUUGCUGCCGCUAAUCAAACAUCACUGUUGAAUGGUGGUGGCGCCACGGCUGGUGCUGGCGGUGUGGGCAACGAGCAAAUGUCAACAACAGCCACGAGCUAUGGCAGCUUGGUAAAUGGUCACAGUCAGCAGCAUCAACAACAACAAUCACAGUAUGUUGGUGGUGGUGGUGGUGGCGGCGGCUUGCAGCCGUUAACGUUGUCACUGAACAGUAUGCAUCAGUCACCACAGCAGCAGCAACAACAACAGCAUAAGUCAUCAGUGCUGCUGCAAAAGCAAACACACCAGCAGCAGCAGCAAAACCAUCAGCAACAACAACAGCAGCUGCAGCAGCAACAAGAGCAAUUAACUACGAAUCAACAAUGGGGACCGUUCAAAGUUUACAGCAAUCCGGACACAUUAAUUUGCGGCAAUUGUCGGGAAUGUUUCAACGAACUGGCUGAGUUAUUAGACCACAAACGGAGUUAUUGCAAGUUGCGUUUCACUUGCAAGUGCCAGGAUGUUGCAUUCGCUGCAAAAACACCGCCAAUGAGCGCCAAACUGUUAUGUGCGGUUUGCAAGGACGCCUUUACCAAUCCCUGGGAUCUGAUGGUGCACGCUCAGGCCGCCCACAUGGUCAACAUUUACGAAUUGGGCAAUGAGGCUAAUAACAAUUACAACAACAAUACCGAUUGUGCUGUUGUUGCCGAUGUCGCCAAUGUUUCAACAAGCAGCAACAACAACAACAACAACAACAACAACAAUGCCACAGUAUUCACCACUGCCACGAGCGCUCUUGCCAACUACAACAACAGCAGCAGCAGCGGCAGCAACAACAACAACAACAAACCCCACACUAUGGCCAACGCUGAUUUGGCCAACAGUGUACAAUUUCCGUCACCGCCUUCACAGUUUAAGAUCGAGUUAAAUAAUAACAACAACAAUAGCAAUAACAAGAAUAUAGCCACAUGUAACAGUGGCAGCAACAAUCACACCAACAACAAUAACAUAACUAGUGGCCAUGAAAUACAAAUGUCGCCAACAAGCGAAACAUUGGCCACGAAACAAGCACCAACAUUGGGAGCUGGCAAAUUAGAGAACAGCAACAACAACAACAACAACAGCAUCGACAUAGUAACAACCAUGGGCUCGACCGCUGCUGCUGCUGGUAAUAAUGGUUUCAACGCCAGCAACGGACAUGUCGCCGCCGAUGCUGAUCAUUGCAUGGAUGGCAAAUUUGGCAUUUGUAAUAGUCCGAAUUCCGCAAUUGCCAAAGAAGAGGCUGAUUCCCCCAUGGAUGGCCACAUUUCGAUCUUGCCGCAUAGUGCCCAUCAUCAUACAGAGGAUGUAAAAAUGUUAAAUGGUUCACUUUCCUCGCGGGGUAGUUCACCAGCAUUGGAGCAUGAGGAUCAGGAGGACCAGCAGCAACAGCAACAGCAGCAGGAGCAAAACGCACAGCCCGCCUGCAUUGUGCGCACGCUGAGUAUUGAAGCAGCUACCGCCUCGGGCACAACAACCAGCUUGAUGACCAGCACAUUGGCUUUAAGCCUUACAAAUGGCGUUGCCAAUGCAGCAGCUGCACUGGCACCACAAUAGAGCGUCGCCAACGACAAAUGGUAAAAUACAAAAAAAAAUGAAAAAUAUAUACAUAAAUAAAAAAAGCAGCAGCGUGUGACUUAUGAUAUACAAAUACAAACAAAAGUCAAAUUAAAACGAAUGAUGUAUGGAGGCGGCGUGUUGGUAUACGUGGCGUAUGAGCAACAGCGGGUAUGUAAGGCAUACCAGUGCUAGCUAUCAGCUGCAAGUAUGUAUGCAUAUAGUAUUUACAUAUAGUACAUAUAGUAUGUACACAAGAGGCGUAUUAUAUAUAUACAAAUGCAAAUUUGUUAUUAAGUGAAAAAUUAAAAGUAAACUUAAUUCCGAGUUUUUCGUUUUCGGCGUCGGUUUCACUUGUUUUUUUUUUUUGACAAAAUCAGCAAUAAAAAAGUUAAAAGUUCAGCCAGCAAAAUGUGCGCACAAAUUUAAGUAAAAACCAAAAUUGGUUUAAGCAUUUGCAAGCUGUAGUUGAAAAUCUUUUUUUUUUGCUUUUGAGUGAAAAAAAAUAAAAAAUUUAAAAGUAAAAUAAUUAAAUGCAUUACUAGUUAUUAUUUAUUGUCCACUUUAGCUGUUGGCCACACACGCGCGCUGUGGCUUUUGGACAUUUUUCCUUAUUUUUCGUAAGCAUAAAUUAUUUGCAGAUGACAGUAGGUCUCACAUACACAUGUACAAUGGCUGUACAUACAUACAUAUGUAUGUGUGACCAAUUGUUAUAGCGUCUGUCGGUCAUUCAUUUUACAUAUUUACGCGGAGUGUUAAAAUAUUACGAUUUUAUGUAAAGUUGCUAAAUUUACUUUUGUGGAUUUUCGGAUUUUUGAAUUUCCUUCAUACUUUUAACUGUCCUUAUGCUAUUUGUGAGGCAAUUCUAAAAUUAUUUAAAUCUCACGAUAUAAUGUUUACAUAAUUUCAUAUAUUAAGUUGGAUCGGAAAAUGGUCAAUUUCCUAAUAAUUUGAUUAAACAUGUAAAAGGAUGCCUCAAAAUGUAAUAACCGCUUACUGAUUUAUUUUCAGCUUAAAA